AUGACGAAGGAAACACACGUAUUCAACAGAAUACGUCUAACCUGCGCUCAAACAAAUCAAUGCUCAUACCUGAAUUGGUAUCCUUAUUUCAAACUGCAUGCUCCUGAAGCGACAGUUCUCAGGCCGCUACCCCAGGCAUUUCUUGAUUACCUCAGCGGAGACAGUAUAAGGCUACCCACGACCGCUACUGUUGAACGAAACGAAGAAAAUGAAUAUAGUGAUUGGGAAGAUGAGGAGACCGAAAGCGUGAACCCCUUGGAACACUUUCAAGAUUUCCACCAAGAGCUCAAAGGGAUCGUGGACUCAUACGGGAAGGUACUCGUGAAGACAAACUGGACAGCUGGUAAGGAUGCCAAGUGGAUCUUGAUAAACAAUUCAUUGCAAUGCACAUCUGUCAACGACGUGUAUCUUCUUCUCAAUGCAUCCGAUCACAUUGCACACGAUCUUGACGGCCAUGUGUAUGAUGAAUGUGAAGAUAAGGAGGACGGUCCGCAUAUUGAACCAGAAUUGGUAGUUAAGAAGUGGAUUAACGAUUUUAACCCGGCUCUUGAGUUCAGAAUUUUCAUUAAAGACAAAAAGAUUUUGGGAGUCUCGCAAAGGGACCCAGGACAUUAUAUUUACCUCGAGGAACUAAUACCACAAUUGAAGGAAUCGAUCAAAAAGUUCCAUAGCGAUGUCCUUUCCAAGCUGCAGUUCCCGCUUCGUGAUUAUAUCCUCGAUGUCUACUUGCCCAGGCCGUACAGCAAAGUCUUUGUCAUUGACGUGAACCCAUUUCUGAGAAAAUGGGAUCUGCUUCUAUUCACCUGGCAUGAGCUUCUUGAGAAGGAAAAUAAUGGAGAGUUUGAGAUAAGAGUUAUCACGGAAACUAAUAUGGGACAUUUAUCGAGGAAAGACAAUAGCGAGAGUCAAGUACCUAUAGAGGUGGUGGGAGCCGCAAACGACAGUCAAGCUAUGUUGGAACUCGCUAGGGAGUGGUCAGCGUUAGCAAGACAAGGUGAAGAAUCACAUUCAUGA